CCUCCAUACCGAUCCCGAUCCCGAUCUCCCCUUCCGCUACUGCUCCUGUCAUGGCUUCCUUUCGCUUGCUUCUCCUUUCCUUCUUCGUCCUCUCCGUCUCGUAUCGCACCACCUCUGCCGCUGUCGCGUCCUCGGAUUCAGCUUCCAAAGUUUCGGUGGCCCUCUACUACGAGACCCUGUGCCCUUACAGCGCCAACUUCAUAGUCAACUACCUAGCCAAGAUCUUUGAAAACGGCCUCAUCUCUAUCGUUGACCUCGAACUCGUUCCCUACGGGAACGCCAGGAUCCGAAACGGAACCAUCUCCUGCCAGCACGGUCCCUAUGAGUGCUUACUGAACACUGUUGAAGCAUGCGCCAUUGCUACCUGGCCUGAUUUGAAUGAACAUUUCAGUUUCAUCUAUUGUGUUGAGGACCUGGCUUUGAAGCACAAAUACCUUGAGUGGGGGUCCUGUUUUUCCAAGACUGGGCUUGAUUCGCUUGCAGUCUUGGAGUGCUAUGACAAUGAUUACGGGAAAAAGCUUGAGUUAGAGUAUGCUGCAAAAACAGAUGCUUUAGAACCCCCUCACACCUAUGUUCCUUGGGUGGUAGUGAAUGGACAGCCACUAUAUGAGGAAUAUGAAGAUGUCGAAGCCUACAUCUGCCAAGCUUAUACCGGCGAAACUCCAAACGCCUGCACCGAAACAUCCCUCAUCACCAACCGACAGAAUGCCAGAACUCAAGUCCACGUCUCCUUUGUUGAUAACAUUUCAUCCAGGGCCCUAAACAAUGAAAGGAUGAUAAGAACUGCAGCCUAGGUUUGCUUAAUAGGUGAUAAACGCUACUGUUGCUGCACAUUUUGGACUCCAACUUAAAUAUGUAGCAAAGAAUUAUAUACCAGACAUGAUAAAAUCCUAUGCUGUUAAUUGAUUAACUUGUGUAUCCUUUUUUUCUCCCCCAUGGUAUUCCAAUCCAUUAUUGUUAUUAACAUUAUUUGCCUUGAAUUUCGUUUUCUGUAAAGUGUAGCUAUACAAUAUAUAACAUAAAAAAGCCCUCAAUUGAACUCCCAGCUUUC